UUGGGUGCACGACUUCAUCAUCCAUUCAAACCGCUGCGAUUUGGCUUCUCCGGAUCCUGACCUGCACCCUCGAAUCCCCGAUCGCAAUACGCAACCCCGAGAAGGAACACUUAAGUGACCGACCGGCCGACCACCAUGCCUGACGCCGCCGACGACCAACAGCUCAACCUCCCCUCGCUCGUCGUGAUCCUGGUGAUCUCGGGGCUCAUCAUCCGCUACUUUUUCUUCUCAUCCUCGUCAACACAGUCACCACGCUCAGGGAGGGCGGCCGCGGCGGGAAGCGACCCGGCGGCGCUGAUGCGCGCGCGCGAGGCGGCCGCCGAGAGGAUACAGCAGAUGUUCCCCCAGGUGGACCGGCGCACGGCGCUGUGGGAUCUCCAGCGGACGGGGGGAAACGUGGCUGCCACGACGGAGAGGAUCCUGGCGGGCAGGCUGGAGACUCCACCCAUCACAUUCCAGCCCCCUCCGCCUCCGGGCGGCGGCAACGCUGGCGCUAACGUCACGACGCCGCAGUCCAAACCUGCUACUCCCAGCCCCUCCCAUCCGGAUCUGAUUACGAGGUACAACUUGAAGGACAAGCUCAACGCGCCUCUCGACGAGCCGGAGGGUAGCGGCAAGACGUCCGGGAAAGGGUGGAGCACGAACCGCGAGGAAAGGCAGUCGCUGUUGCAGAGGAGGAGGGACCAGAUGAUCCUCGAGGCGAGGAGGAAGAUGGAGGCUAAGAUUGCUGCCGAGAAGGCUGCGGGGCAAAGUUGAUGUGCUUUUGGGAAAGUGUUGUAUCAUUAUCAUAAGACAGUGUUGGGAUAGGUGCUGUCGUAAGCAGAUACGUACGAGGCUGCAAGGCGUGUUCACCUGCCGCCGGCUCGCUCUAGUCGUUCGAGUUGCAUAGGCUGAUCUACGAAUUACACCAUGAUGUUGUCUGCAGAACC